AUGUCGAUCAACGAGCCAUUGGACAGAGAUGAAUGCGAGGAGCUCAUGGAGUUUGUCAUGCAGGAAGCCAUGGACUGGCUCGGCUACAACAGCCAAGAUCACAUCCUGCGGGAAUACUUCCUUUCUCUCCCGAUCGAGGUGGAGGACCAAAAGUUGAACGAGCUGGCAGACGCACCCGCCUACCAGCUCGUCGGAAGGCUAGAGUACUUCAUGGUGGAGGCCGAGAAGCGCAAGAACCGUAUCCGACAAGAGCAAAUCGAUUUGCAGAAUGCGCGAGUUGCGGCCACGUGCGACGGCUUGGGGGAUCAUGCCGAGACCCGGCCCGGUACAGAGGACGGCGGCGUGGCCAUGACUCGCCCCGACUCGUCAUCCUCCGUGGAUACCACCACCUCCCCAGUCAUGCCCGCCAGCUGGCCUCAUCAGAUCCCGCCGGCUGCUGGCCCGGCGGGCGGUAACGAAGCGCCCGCGAUGCAAUCGAGCAGCCGAACGCGCCCCGACGUCAAUUUCGAACUUCGCUUGAAGGUUCUUUUCAGUGCUCGCACGUUGGGUAAAGAUUUCAUUCGGCGGUGCGCGAGGACCAAGGCCAAACAGAUUGAAGGCUAUGGUCACGAUAUAGAGCAGCAGUCGUACCACGACGUCAAGAGGGCCUUGAUUAAUUCCGAGUUGGAUCGCAAGGCGUGCUAUGACUGGAUUCGAAAUAUUGACGAGGAUGAUGAGUAG